GGCGGCGCUCGGGGAAAUUGAGCGCGGCCUCCUCUGAGGGGAAGCCGAGGCUUUUUUUUUUUUUUUUCCCCCGCUCAGCCCGGGGAGGCGCCCAGGGCGGGCGAAGAGUGUGGGAAGGCCGGGGAGGCAGGCUUUUUAGGCUUACCGCGGUGACCGGGAGGAGAAGGGCCGGGCCUGGAAGGGAAUGGAGAAGGGCGCUGCCAAGCAGAAGGAAGGCCUGAGGGGGAGAGACUCCAAUGGGGGCCCCUCUAGGCGCCCAAACGGCCCCCAGGAAGGACCUGGGAGCCAAUUGACCGAAAAGGGCCCCAUAUCAAGGGCAGUGAGCACCGUGUCAGGGGCCCUGGGCCCUGGGCUGGCCCCAGGCCCCCCAAAUGAUGGCCCCAACCCCCAUGCAGACUCUUGGCUCCCGAGGAUGCUGGGCCUAGUCCUCAAAGCCUCUGGCCUGAGGGUCUCCCUGCCAGAGGCGACCCCGGUGAUGGUGCUGCUCCUGCAGAGAUACGUGGCCGAGGGGCUGCCACCCUUGCCCGAUGCCCCCUGCCCGGCCUAUUACUACGACGUGACUGUGACGGAUGGCACCUACCAAGAGAAGUGCCUCCUGGCCCCUCAGCUGAACGGCCUGGUCCAGCGGAACGGGCUGGGCGCCGGGCGACAAAUCAAGAUCACCCACUGUUCCUACAUGUACAACGAAAGGAGCCUCGGCCCGGGCUUCGCGUGCAUUGAAGAGCUGGAAAUCCUAGAAGGGGUUUUGGUCUUGGCCGGGCUUCCCUCCCAGCUCAGAAUCUGCCACGUGAAGACCAGCCUCCCCUUGAAAGGGAGCAGGAAGCAUUACCUUCCUCUCUGGAACAAUGACGAUCCCUUUGGGGACAUGUGGGUGGCGAGGAAGCCCUUGAGGGAGGUCGGUCUGGAGGAAUUCAAACCAACAUCCAUCUCUAUUCUGGCCAUGACUUGGGAAAGCAAACUCAGCUUCCCACCGUUACGUGUCAGAAUCAUCCAUAAGUCUCGGUUACGAUAUUUUGGAAAACCAAAAACAAAGCUAGAUGUGCCAUAUCAGGCUUAUUUUGAUGUGGCUGAUCAAUCUGGCAUGGUGUUAAUGGUGCUGUGGGGCUCUUUAUGCCCUGAAUGGUAUCACAGUAUGAAAAUCGGCACAGUGUUGCUGCUUGAAAAAUAUGCUGUUAAAAAAAGUUUAUCUUCUAAAAUACAGUCAAGUCCUGAAGAUUUGCACAUGAAGAGAUUCAGUUCAAUAGAAAUUGCUUUGAACGUUCGAGACCCUCCAGCUAAAAUUAACAUCAUUCCAGAACAUAAAAUUAAACCAGAAUGGAAGUUGCCCGAAGUUGAAUAUCAGUUUGUAACAAGAUCCGAGUUUGAUAAGUUAGCACAAAAUCAGUUUUGUGACAUCAUUGGACUUGUACAAUACGUUGGACGGGUCGAGCGCAAGAAGAAAAAAGGUUGUGUGGAUGACUUUUGGACGUAUCGCUGGGUACAUGUUGUUGAUGGGACUUCAGAACAGCCUUUUAUAAUAGAAUUGUUUUCCACAUCUCAGCCAGAUAUAUUUGAACAAAUUUACCCAAUGACCUACUUGGUAUGUACCCAGAUGAGAGUGGAACAAAAUAUUUCUGAGAAUGGCUCCAGUACAGCCUACUUAACAACAUCUAUGAAAACUCAAAUGUUUAUUUCAGGAUGGCAUAAGGGCCAGCCAUAUAUAAAAGAUCCGAAAGUGCAAAACUUCAUCCAGUGGAUGAGAACCCAAGAGGAAGCCUCUUUCGUGGACAAAGUCGUCAUUGGGGGAUACCAUCGUUUCCCGCCACUCCCGCCUACAUUUGCAGAAUAUUGUAAAAAUAUGAAUGAAGAAUUAGUUUUGAUAUCCAUCAGUGAAAUUGAGAAGGAGAUUGACAGUUUGCACUACAGGGAACAGAAGCACAUUGCUUUUCAAGGGAUAAUUAGUGCUAUAAGAUGUGUCAGCUGCAGCAGUACCUCCCAGGAUGCCUCAGGAGAAUCACCAGUGCAGAUCGAGAAAAGCUCAUCAGUAAGUACUUCUUUGUCGGAACAGCAGCCAGCGAGAGAAUCAACUUCUAAGCAGGAGUCGCCAUCUCUGAGGCAACAAACCGUAGUAACCAGGAGUUGUGCAAAGAGACAGAUUUCAGCUGUAGAGACCACGGAUCACCCUCCUGUGUCUUCUCAGCAUUCAUAUUUGACAAGGUCAACAAGCAAAAGAAGAACGUUACCCAAUUUUCUGCAAGAUAAUUCCGACGCCAAUAAAGACAAUGCAGAAGUGAUGGAAACAGCACAGACGCACGAAACAGGUCACAAAGAAAUAGCCGAUGGGUCUGAAAAUGUUCAUCGACAAAGGAUGUGCCCCAAUUCCUGGGAAAGUGUCCUCUGGACCUCUGUAAAAGAGAACUUAGUGAAGCACUUGAACUUCAGCAAGAUUUUCCCAGAAAGCUUCCCUUGUAAAUUUAAUUACUCUCACAAAGAAGUCCUGUUGAAACAAUACAAUCUUCAGGCAGCCAAAUUCCAGCCAGAAAAAUGCCUGGCGAGUGGAGAAAUGAGUCACUUUGAAAAUGCCUGUCCUCUUGAAUACUAUCAAGUGGCUAUUCUCGGCGUCAAUCAUGAUAUAGCUGUAGAGGUUGCCCUCCUGAAUGACUCUUACUUAUUUCAAGUCAAAAAGGUAUCACAAAAUGCAGCACCUUCUCACAAAAAUGGCACCACACCUUGCCAGGAGACCAUUAACCAAGGAGGAGCUUUUGAGUUACUUUCACUUCCAGAUGAUUUCAAAGCCGCUGCCCUAGAGAACCAACGUGUCAUCUGUAUUCUGGAUGUUUGUCCUCUGGAUAACGACAAAACCGAAGUCUUACUUAGGAAAAUAUAUAAGAUAACAGAAAUUGAUGUAGUCAACCAAACAUAGCUCAUGGUUUGACAUAAAUGUAUUGCAAAACUGAGAAGAGGAUUAAACUUGCAAAAAAGAAUGUUUUUCUCCUGCUAUGCUAUCCGCAAUUUGGAUAUUUUAGCAGUGGUUAAGGAAAGUUUCUGGUUCUUUUGUACUUGAAUUUUACAGAAGUGUUUGGACAGAUACUUGCCUCUCAAAUCAGGGUGUUUUCUGGCAACAAGUACUGCACACGUAUUGCUUUCUUAACCUUUGUUUAAGUUUAAAGUAGCAAAAGAUAAGCCAGCAAUGCAUCCGCUAGUCAGAUCCUGUCCUGUGAUAACUGGAAAGACCGUGGCUCUUUUGCUGCUUAUCUCUGCUUUCUGGGUGACUGAAUUUGGUCUGAUUAUGAAAAGUUUGUUGCGGGCAGUGAGCAUCUAUAGUUAGGAUGGAGGUGGGGUGUAUUAAGGAGUAGAAUUGCUUCCCACAGAAGUUGCCUCACGAAAUCGCCUUUCAUCGACAGUCUGCAGAAGGCUUGGAUGAAGGAAAGCCACCAGUUUGUAUUUUGAACUUGUUUGUGGAGCCUGCACAAAGGCUGCAAGCAGGGAGUGUGUCAUUGCAGUAAUCAAGCCCCUUAAGCUUUGCUGUGUCAACUCUGGAUCAUGAUUACAUUGCCAGCUGAUCAUUAUACAGUUGCGGCCCCUUCCGCAGAUGAUGAGCUGAGGGGAGGGCGAAACACUCCAAUCAGAAGUCGUAAUUUUGGGUUUUGUUGCAGAAUGGAAAUGAAGUAGAACUGCAUUGGGUGCAGAAGUACCAGUCUAGCGCAGACGGGUAAAAUCAUGUGGUUUGAGAACGGGCAUAGUACAGCUGCAGCCCAGUCACCCAGAAAAGGGAAGUCGAACGUGUGUAUUUGUAUUCAGCCUUGGAAGAAGUGAGUGCGCCUUUUAGCGUGACUUGGAAGAAACGUGUGGUCUUGUUUUUUUUGUAUAUUGUAUUGCACUAUGGCUUUGAUAUUGUAGUUGUUUAUUGACAGGGCCACAGAGAAACUGCUGGGUUUGCCCUGAAAACCAUCUUUCUCGCUGCUCUCUUUCCUUCCCCAGACUGAAACAACCAACGUGCCAGUAAUUCCAGCUACCCCUUUCUAUCAAGAAAUGUCAGGUUUGACAAAUGCCCUACUUGGUCCUUUUAGUGCCAAAAUCCUUUCCUUUUUUCUAGGAUUUGAAUUUUUUUUAAUAUAACCAUUAUAAUGUUCUGCAGUUCGCGUCUGUUUCAAUAUAUUGAUUUUAAGAUGAUGAUGUCUGAAAAAUUUUAUACUGAAAGAAAGAAUAAAAAUGUAUCAAGCGUGUAAUUGUCUAUAGUGCCAGAAGUUGUCCAACUGCUUCCAGUUGGAAUAAAUGCAUUUAUAUAAACUUCUUGGUUCAAAUAGUUCCUCUAAUUCCUACUAUUGUUUCACAAUAUGGAUGGGUAGUGGGGAGGGAGAGGAAGAGGAAUUGCCAAAGAUGAUGUUGGUUACGACCAGUAUUGGAAAAUUAAGUUGCAAAAGAUUAAUAGAGCCAGCAUGUUAUUUCAGUGUUCAAACCCGGGUUAAAAAAAAACUGUAGUGAACCCUAGACCUGCCUAAAAUCAUUGUGAUAAGUUCAAACUGUAUGUAUUUUUAUAACAUUCAUUUGAAGCGAGGUUUCGCUUUAAAAAAUCCUUUAAAAUAAAAGUGAUGUUCUACAUUA